AUGGUUAACUCUCGGUUUGUUGUCUUGUUCGUCUUGUCGCUGACCAUAACAUCGGUUAUGUGUCAAAGCUUCCAGUACAGCCAUGGCUGGACGAAUGGAAAAAGAUCCACGUCGCCCAUACUGGAAGAUUUCGUGAAUUCUGGCAGCAAAAACGUGGGUCAAUUAGACAAUGUUCUUGUUAAUUGCGAACUGCAGAAGCUGAGAUUAUUGCUUCAAGGAAAUAUUAACAACCAACUGCUUCAAUUGCCGUGCGAGCUGCUUAACUCACCGAAAAGGAGCUUCUCUGAAAAUAUGGUUAACGACCACUUUCACAGACAGCCCACUCUCGCCAAUAACAAUUAUUAG